UGCUCAGUUGCCAUAAACCCUAAAUUUCUUCCUCCUCUUCCGCGCGAUCGAUUCAUGAGGCGCUGGCUCGCUUCGCCCUACUGCCGUGGCCACAGCAGGAGCAUCUCGACAUGCCGGGCGGUCGUGCUGCCGCGAUUCGGCGGCCCCGAGGUCUUGGAGCUGCGCAAGGAUGUGCCCGUGCCGCAUUUGGAGGCCGAGGAAGUGCUUGUCCGCACGGUCGCCGCCGGCGUGAAUCCUCUGGAUAUCAAGAUGAGAGAAGGAUACGGGAGGUCUCUUUUCCAGCCUCUUCUUCCAAUCGUUCUGGGAAGAGAUGUGAGUGGAGAGAUUGUGGCCAUCGGCAAUGGAGUGAAGCGGCUCCACGUAGGCCAGCAUGUCUUUGGAGCGCUUCAUCCGACUGCUGUGCGAGGUACUUACAGUGACUACGCGAUACUCCAAGAGGAACAGCUUGCCCUCAAGCCAAAGUCACUCACUCAUGUGGAAGCAGCUGCCAUUCCCUUUGCCGCACUGACUGCGUGGCGAGCACUGUGGAGCACUGCCAGAAUGAAGAGCGGGCAGAAGGUGCUGAUCAUGGGCGGGGGAGGCGCGGUCGGCUUAGCAGCCAUUCAGCUCGCUCGAGCUGCUGGCUGCUCGGUGGCUGCCACUUGUGGCAAACGAAGUUGUAGUCGCGUCGGGGAAGCUGGCGCCGAGCUUAUCGUGGACUACACUUCCGAGAACACAAGAGAGCAACUUACCUGGCGAUUCGAUGCUGUACUUGACACAAUCGGUGUGGAGACCACAGAAGCACUUGGAGUUAACGUGCUGAAGCGUGGUGGUCACUACAUGACGCUGCAGGGAGAAGCGGUGAAACUGGCAGACAAAUACGGCCUCAUUGUUGGAGGCGGCAUUGCGACAGCGACGCUCUUGCGGAAGCGAAUGCAGUACACUCAGUCGCAUGGCAUUGACUACUCUUGGAUAAUCAUGAGGACGGAUGCCGAAGGCCUGGAACAAAUAGCUCGGCUUGCGAAAGAAGGACGCCUCAAGAUCCCAGUCGGAGAAACUUUCAGUUUGGAUGAAGCCGCGAAAGCUCAAACGGCGAGAGAAAACAAGGAUUCACAGGGCAAAGUGGUGCUCCAAGUCCAGCAGGAGUAAGCAAAGGAUUUUUCCAAAUAAUGCACUUACACAAGAGUAGUCGACUCCGACGCUCAGCCCCAGCAGUUUGUACAUUUUGUCCAGAGUUUACGUAUAGAGAGCUCUCGUCGUCCAGGUUCUUUGCAAAUAAAUCCAUCUUCCAGAAA